ACCGAACACUGAUUUGUGGAUAUCAAUCACGUGAUGGUUCGUGCUAAUCACAGCUGAGCUCCGAGUAACCACCGUGCGUAGAGCAUCCCCAUGGGGCCGCAGAGAUUCAGCUACACACGAGCAGCAGAGCAAUUGUUCCAUACCCACAGCCAAACAGGCCCAGUCAGCGAGCAUCACGAAUUGACUGACCUGAGGCGUCAAUCGGAGCGGUUAUAGCCCUCCUAUUCUCAACGAGCACAGCGGAGCAGCAAUACUUCAUCCUAGCUUGCACGACACACUACUACCCUUUCGAGCGCUCUACAAAAUGCCCGUCUACAUACUCCACGGCUUUCGCUGGCCCCGCGAUGGCUUUAUGGGAAUCCGAGUUUUUAUUGUCCUUCACAAUGUCGAGGAAGCGGCCGCAGAGUACCUUCAACAACCAGUCACAUCCCGCGAGCUUCUCAAGACAUUCCAAAGAAUAGAACCGGACAUUAUGGCCAGGAUACCCGAAAUUCAUUUCAUAGAACAAUACGACCCCGAUGACCUCGAAGGCGUUAGUCAACCGUACGCGUAUGUUGCAGACAAAGUGAUCACGUUACCGGACAAGACGAUGCCAGAGAAUGGAUUGAGCAGAAAUGUUGAGGAGAUCCUUAAACUAGGCUCUGAACUGUCAGAAGAAAGCUCGCAAGCGCUAGAAGAGCUUAGGGCCAAAUACGCAGAGAAUGAGAAAAUCGGCUGGUGGGUCGUCUACAACGGCGAUCCUGACCGAGCCUUUGACGAGGACGAGGAAACCGAAGAGGAGGAAGAAGAGGAGGGGGAGGAGGAGGCAGCCUCAAUUGAUAGCAGACCUCGUACGGCCGCAUCCAUGAUUUCUAGGCCCCGUACAGCUGGGAGCAUUUUCAGACGGGAGCCGCGAGAGGAGAAAGUACCGCCAGUGCCUCCGCUUCCAAAAGAAAAGCUGCGACACAGACUUUUUGGUAGAAAGGGCGCCUGAAAUUAGCCAUUGGCUGGACGAGCUGUACGUCUCGGGCUUGCAUAUUUUCUGGUUCGAGCUUCCUCUCGAUACACGGUCUUAUCAGCUGGCAAUCGAUUGAGCGGCGGACUAAUUUCGGGUCUAUAUAAUAUUUUGUUUUUUUUGGAAAAAUUGACGCUUCUCAGAGCACCUCUCUGAGGGCACGUACAUAUGUUAGUACAUAUGUUGGAUUCAUCGGCGAUGGUUAUGUUGAUAAUGUCUCUCUUUUCUAAUGUAUAAUAAUCGCUAGCAUGACGUUUACAAAGCAUCUGAAAGCAUUCCAGCGGAGUACCAGGCCUCAACUAUUUACCAGAAUUCAUCAGUCAAAGAAAGAUCAUGUGUAUCUUCAUCAAGAGUUA